CACUUUUUCUUUUUUUGUCACUCUUUGUUCGGACAGUAUAGUUUUGAAAGUAAUCUUGGAACCAGGCUUUCAAUAAAUAUACGUACAACAUUACUGUCCUUACAACCGUAAUUGAAAAAAAGACAUAUCUCUGCUCUCUUGAAUAUUACACUGAUGAACAAACAAAGUACUGCAAAUGUAUGGUCUGCAGCUCAAAUAUGUCAACAUUUCUGGGUGGAAAGCAAUUUGACUCGACUACAGAUUCGGCAAAGAACACUUCAAUUCUAUAGAUCUUCUUCACGACGUGUUUGUACUACAGCGAUCUGUCAACAACAACAACAACAAUAUACAUGUCCCAUACCCAAAAGACGACAUGGUUUACCCACCGCCACUACACGACAAUGGUCUCAACAGGAACAUUAUCGUCGUUCAUUAACCACACGAUCUUACUCUUCCAUUCAUCCUCAAACAACUAUCGAUACUUCACACAAUAGAAAGAUAUCGACAACUGAUACCAACUUGAUGACUGGCCAACAACAAAUGACACCAUCAUCUAGUCGGACAAUAUUAUCUGCAGCUUUGGAACAGUCUGAUGCAUCGACAGCACAAUCCUUGUUGAAUAUUACAUUGCAACUAUUACGACGUCGUGAUCCACAACUUGCUUGGGAAUGUUAUACCGAUCUAGCCUCCAGAGAUUUAUUACGAUAUGUAACCUUAGAUCAAUUCAAGCAACUUAUCAAGCAAUUCAAUCAUCAUAGCAAACACGUUCAAGGAUUGGAAUAUGUUUUGACAUUAGUAGAAGAUAUGAAGCAUUUAGGUUUCCAAGUGGCUCGGAAGGAAAAAUUAAUAGUGAUGCGACUCUUGGGGAUGAAUGGGAAACUAAGAGAAAUGGAAAAAGUAUUUGAAGAUCUUGGAGCUGACGAUUUGGACAACAAGGAGCAAAUAUUAUUGGCACUGGACGCUAGUAAUUCGACAAGCAACAAGAACAACAAUACUAACAUUAGUAAUGAUAUUCAGAAACCAUACAAUAUUAUGUUAAGCUCUUAUCAAGAACAUGUUUCAACUAUUGGUACCAUGUUGGUGGCACAGAAAUCAAUGGAUAUAUAUGGGGAUAUGUUAGACCUUGGUAUUCGACCAUCAGGUGCGGCAACUCGAGUAUUGAUGGAAAAUAUUCGACUUGGAGGACAUACGGAUAACAUAGCUGAACUUGUAUGGGAUUGGUUUUGGAACAAGAUUGGAUUGAACGUUGGAGGCAAAACUAGGGACUUGGAACCAUCUUUAUAUCGAGAAAUGGUGAUCUAUUUUACGAGUGCUGGUCGGCCCGAAUAUGCUCUGGAAAUCAAUGAUAUCAUGACCAAGAAGAACAUGGCCAAGGAUCGACGUAUGAUGACAGCUUUAAUUCACAAGGUGGGUCGUGCAGGUGACAUCAACAAAUCCAUGGCUUUAUUGAAUGACAUGAUGAAAGUGGAUCAAAUGGAACCAGAUAAUAUUACUUUUAAUGCUCUGAUCGAUAUUUAUACUCACAAGAAACCUAAACCUGAUUUUGCCGGUGUCAGUCGAAUGUAUUCUAUGAUGUUGGAUAUUGGACUGGAACCUGAUAUUUAUACCUACGGCACCUUGAUCAAUAUGUUUGGAAAAGAAGGGGAUUUGACAAUGGUACAUCGACUUUAUAAGGAUUUGAAAUCAAGAAAUAUUGCACCUUCACCACAUAUCUAUUCCGCUUUGAUUGAAUGCUUUAUCAAUAAUGAUGAUCAACACUCGGCUUUGGAUGUUUUACGGAUAUUACAUCAGAACACUUCUCAAUUCGACAACCAAGUCCAACCCAACAAGGUGAUGUACAACAUUUUGAUCAAAUCAUACGUUGAUAAACAUGAAUUACGCCAUGCGUUUACUUUGAUCGACUUGCUCAAGAAAGCUGACCUGAUGAUGGAUGCUAGAACAUUUACACCUGUGCUCUCUUAUUAUGCUGAUCGUGGAAAUAUCAAGGAGAUUCGGAAAGUGAUGGACAAGAUGGAAGCUUAUCAAGUCGAAGGCAAUGCAUUUACAUAUACAUCUCUUUUGCAUGCAUAUUCCAAAGCUGGUGAUAUGGAGACGGCCGAGCAACUAUUUAAAGAAUACAAGCGACGAUGGCGACCCAAUGGACAUACUUUUAAUGCUCUUUUGUAUGUAUAUAUUAAGAAGAACGAAAUCGACAAGGUAUUUGGAACAUACAAACAGAUGCUCAAGACAUUCAUUAAAAUGACGGAACAUACCUAUGGCCUCUUGAUGUAUUUCUACUCUCAACGACGGGAACCAAAAGCAGUCGAAGCUCUGAUGAAAACGAUGCAAGCCAAUGAAAUUACACCUGGAGCUAUCUGCUGGAGUAUUUUGAUGCAAAGUUACUUUAGAACAGGACGAUCAACUGAAGCCAGACAAGUCAUGGAACAAAUGGUGUCAGCUGGGACAGAACCUACUUGGAUUACAUGGACGACACUCAUCAAUGGACUUGUACAAGAAGGUGAAUUGGAUUUAGCUGAAUCUGUGAUGCAAAAGACAUUGGAACGACAAAAAAAGAAACAAGAGGCUCAACUCGAUGAUAUACAACAAUAUUUCGGUGGAUAUGCAAAACUAGCCAAUAUCGAUCUGAACAGCAAAAGCCGCUCUUUAUUAUCAGAUGAUCAAGCCUAUACCCAACAGUUACCUACAACCAUCGAAGAUUUAUUGGAGCAACGACAACAACAAUAUUCCGGACGCAAACCUUUCAUUCCCCCUGGUCAUCUUUUUACACCGUUGAUUCGUGGUUAUACUCGCAAUGGACAAUUCGACAAGGCUCGUGCUAUUUUCAACAUGAUGCAUCAAGCAGGAACACCAGUCAAUCAAACCAUCUAUUCAACUUUGAUGAAAUUGUAUCAACAUGAACAACGUUACGAUAUUGUGGAAAAUAUGUGGCAAGCUUUACGGAACCGUUCUCAAUCAGCAUCCUCUCCUACGCAUAUUUUUCUGGAUGGUAUAGGUGAUAUUGCGUUACCUAUUUGGCAGCUUGAUGAUACAGAUGAUGAAGAAACGCAACUUCUUUUGGAUAUCAACAAUAGUAAUAUAUCUGAUUCUGACACUCUUACUAGUGAUGAUAUGGAUGAUGAUGAUAUCAAGCAAACAUUACCAUCACCGUUUAUACUAUCAACCUAUAUGGAUUCUUUGAUGGCACAGGGGCGAUUUGAUGAUAUUUGCACAUUAUGGAAUACUUUGGAACAAGAAGCUUAUCCAUUUGAUGAACAAAAUUGGAAUCGAUACUCUGUGUCUUUGGUUAGCAAGGGUGACUUGAUGGAAGCCUGUCAUGUCGUGCACAAACGUGUUUUGGAGGCCAGCGAUGAAGAUGUCAAGAAAAACGUACGACCUCGUGAUCAAUCCUAUUUCUUUUCGGACACUACUGGAAAUCAUCUUCAUUUACAUCGUAGGACAUGUCUUGUAUUUGCUGAUGCUUUUGAUAUUCCUGGUCAUACUGGUAUGGGGAGUAAACGGUUACGUUCUUUGGUGGUAGAAAAAAUCAAUUUUUUGGUCAAGGAACAACAAAAAACAACAAAUUUAGAAUAGAUGACUCUCUCCUUUUGUUUUACAUUUUGCUAAAUUGUACAUAUUUUUAUUGAAUCCCAUUCCAUAUAAUAAAACAAUAUUAUUUAUUUA